CGGACAGAAAUGUUCAUAUUUACAUAGGUUAUUCAAAGCUGCACUUAGGCAGGGGUUUGAUUAAAGGGUGCCAAUUGUUGAAACUCGCUGGUCGUUACAGCAUCAUUUGGUGUUUACGGGUCACUUUUUGUUUUGGUUGAUGUGACCGGAAGUCAGGUUGCUAUUUAAACCAAACGGCUUUUAUUUUUGAAACAUGUACCGGAAGUCGGUGGUUCUCAUGCUCGCUAGCUUGACCCGUCCAUUGCUCCAGAGUUAAGCAACACUCACCAUGACGCGUUGAUACCAGCACAUCGGCGUAUCCACGCUGAAGCAUACUUCGUCAGGCCAGCUUGAGGUAUGUUGCUUUGCUUGGAAAUCGGCAGCUGCUGCAGAGAGCAGAGGCGCAGACAAAGUGCUUUAUCAGAGAGAUUCACAAGGACAAGACGGAACGAGGGUCCAAAGGCCGAGGGUCACAGAGAGCUGGUGAUAAUGCGGUUGUUUCGGCCGGUUCAGUAAACGAGGCUCUCCGGUGUGUUCCGGAUGAUCUCCCACAGCUCCACGGAUUGAGAUGAUCUAUUUUUGUGAUGGCGAAGGGUCUGUUUCCACGGGCCUGGGUGAAAAAGUCCUUCUACUUCCAGGCUCGGAUCUCCUUCGUGCGGGUGAAGUACCUGUUCCUUACAUGGCUGACUGUGCUGGUGGGGAGCUGGGUGCUCUAUGUGCAAUACUCCGCCUACACAGAGCUGUGCAGAGGACACGAGUGCAAGAACGCCAUUUGUGAGAACUACAGGAAGGGAAUCAUCGAUGGAUCAGCCUGCAGCAGUCUGUGUGACAAAGGCACGCUCUACAUGAGCAGGUGUCUGUCAACGCAGCCAAAUAACCAAGUGUACACAGGAAGCUGGGGAGACCACGAUGGGAUCAUCCGCUGUAAGCUGGGGGAAGUCGUUCACUACGAGCUGGGCGAGGAGCCGGAGCCACGGAGAGAAGCCCCCGUGUUUGACAAGCCCACCAGAGGCACAUCAGUGGAGAAGUUCAGAGAGAUGGUCUUUAAUCACCUCAAGUCCAAGCUUGGAGAGCAGGCUAAUCUCGCCGGCCUCGUCAGCCAGAUCCUCUCUGUCGCCGAUGGCAACAAAGAUGGACGGGUGUCACUGCCAGAAGCCCGUUCUACAUGGGCCCUGCUGCAGAUGGAUGAGGUGCUCCUGGGCCUGCUGCUCCAGGACCGUGGACACACCCCUCGCCUCCUCGGCUACUGCGGUGACCUGUACAUGACGGAGCGAGUCCCCUACGGGCCCCUGUACGGUUUGUCUCUACCCUGGCCGCUGGUAUCCUGGGUGCCCAGCGGCGUGCAGCGCACUAUGGACCAGUGGUUCACCCCCUCAUGGCCUCGCAAAGCCAAGAUCUCCAUGGGCCUCCUGGAGCUGGUGGAGGACAUCUUCCAUGGCACUUACGGCAGCUUUCUGAUCUGCGACCUCGCCGCGGCGCACUUUGGUUACACCGACCGCCAUGAGCUCCGUCUCACUAACGCCGGAGCCGUGGUUCCAGAGGACGAGUUCAAACGCACCAUGAGAGUGCUGAAGUGUGAGACCGAUGCUGACUGUGUGUACGGGGUGGACUGCCAGACAUCAUGUGACGUGGCAGAAAAACGGUGCAGGGAGGAGCCGGUUCAGCCAAACUUGGCGAAGGCAUGCGGUGCACUGAAGGACUACCUCCUGCGGGGGGCGCCGUCAGGGCUGAGAGAGGAGCUCGAGAGGCAGCUGUACACCUGCAUGGCUCUGAAGGGGAAUGCUGGACAGAUGAACAUGGAGCACGCACUUAUUCUCAACAACCUGAAAGCUCUGCUGUGGAGACAGAUCUCACACACCAAAGACUCGUGACAAGGAGAGGAAGUCCUUCGCAAAUCUCAGUUCCACAUGUGGAGUUGAGUAUUAAAGAUGCUGUGAUUUAGGAAUUGCAAAUUUAAUGAAGUAGUUUUUAUCAAAACUUAACACUUAUGAAUGAUCAGACUGGUGGAGACUCUACAUCCUCUUUCCCAGCUUCAGAGGUUAAAUAAACUGAAUGAUUGCAUGUUGCCAUCAGCCACACUAUAAAGAGUUCAUGCAGCCACAUUACAUUACAUCAGUCACCACAGUGGGAUGUUUCGUGGGCACUGCUGAUAACAGAUUUGUAAACAGAUUUACUUUUAAUCUCAAGAGGUGAGAGACCACAUUGCUGUUUUUGCCACAAAAUCAUUCAGGUGUUUGAGUUUGAAAAAUCUGAGGUGUACAAAGCUCCAGUUGAAAGUGUAAUGCAUUAUUUGAAGAUGGGCUCCUUGAUUUUGUUAUGUUACGGUUGCUCCUGAGCACAAUGGCAUAAUAAGGGAGUGUACCUUUAAAUGAUUCUGCAGUUUAUAUUCCGUAUUUUUGUUUCCAGUUAAUCUUGUGAAUAGACCAAAACCAGCAGUGCGUUAGUUUAUUUCUCAGUGCUGUUGUAUUUUUUUUUACAAGGCUGUCUGUUGCAGUCAGUCCUAAACCCAUUGGUGCCUACUGAGGGUAUACAUCUUACAGAACAAGUCACAAAAUUACUAAGAAGUCAAAUAAUUUACAGCUGCACACUAGUUUUUAUCAAAAGUUGCUCAAACAGGAGUGAAAAGUGCAAAAGAUAUCCGCAGCAGAUUAAUUCACAUUUGGUGCACUGAUAGUUUGCAAGAAACUUCUCUUUACAAAAUAAACUUCAGUGCCCAUGUUCAUCAUCACGAAGGAACAUGUCUCGCAUUGCAACAUUGUGACGUAUAAACUAUUUGUCUUUGCAUAAUAAAUUGAGGCAGUAAAUUUGCUUCAAAGUGGACAACGUGAUGGUAUUUGUCAGAACUCCACAGGGAUCUUUCUGUCAUUGUACUUCACUUUUACACCUGUAACACUAGUGACAGUCAAUGCUGCCUCAACGACACAAGGAAUAUUAAUGUAUUUAAUUUGUGAAUGUUAUCUUGUAUUUCUCACCGCAAAGAGCAUUUGUGGUAAUGUGCUGUAUCACAUUUUCGAGGAUUUUGUCUCAGUGCCAUAGAGAUCCAGCUGAAAUCAUUUAUGAAUGUUCACCACCAGAGAAGGUGGAGAUUUUGAUCAACUCUUGCUGUCACACUUGAAUGCUGUGUAAAAAGUAUUUCCCAUGAUCCCUUCCAGACAUUGCUGAUAAAUUGCUGAGACCGAGUAUGCAAUCUGACUUAUUUACCACUUCAAAUGUUUCAUAAUAGACUUGACCUGUGAAGUAAGUUAAGCUUGUGGUUAAUGCUGCUGUUUUGUUUGUUUUUUUUACUUUGAAAAUGUAAAAAAAAAAGAAAAAAGUUUACCUAUUGAAGAGACCAGCAUGAUUUUGCACAAUUAAACUUCACACC